AUGUCCUUCCUGUUUGACGGUGUCUGGUAUUAAAAACCAUAGACGUCAAAGAACAUGUCCGGUUAAUCAGAGUGUCCGUAGUUUGUGUGACAUGUCGCUGGCUGCUGCUGGAGUGUCACUGAAGUGUGUUAAAGGCCUGUCUGCUCACUGUACUGUGGUCCCAUCGUGUCUCAGCAUUGCAGGAUGUAACAGAGGUCUGCAUUUUUUUGCUGGAGACGUCAGUCUGAUUCAGAGCAGAACGCACAGCCGCAUGCAGCACAGCAGCGCAGGGAUGCUUGUGCGGAAUGGAGAGAAUAAGAAAGCAGUGAUCUGUGUUGAGGGGAACAUUGCCAGUGGGAAGACAACGUGUCUGGAGUAUUUCAGCAAAACUAGCAAUAUAGAGGUCCUUACAGAACCCAUCUCUAAAUGGAGGAAUGUCCGUGGACACAACCCUCUGGCUCUGAUGUACCAGGAUCCUGAGCGCUGGGGCAUCACCCUGCAGACCUACAUUCAACUCACCAUGCUGGAUCGUCACUUGUCAUCCAUAACGGCGCCUGUCAGGAUGAUGGAGCGGUCCCUCUUCAGUGCCAAGUACAUCUUUGUGGAUAAUCUCUUCAGAAGUGGAAAAAUGCCAGAAGUGGACUACGCUGUUCUCAGCGAGUGGUUUGAUUGGAUCACAACUAAUAUUUCCAUUCCUGUUGAUCUGAUUGUCUACCUGCAGACGUCUCCUCAGACCUGCCACGAGAGGUUAAAGCAGAGAUGCAGAGAGGAGGAGAAAGUCAUUCCACUGGAAUAUCUGGAGUCUAUCCACCAGCUCUAUGAAGACUGGCUCAUCAAGAAGACCUCCUCUCCUCUUCCUGCUCCUGUUUUAGUUAUCCCUGCUGACCAUGAUCUAGAGAAGAUGCUGCAACAGUUUGAAGAAAAUCGUGACAAGAUCCUCGCUGCUAGUUGCAUCUGAUUCCUAAUCAUACAGACAAAACCAUAGUUACAUCUCUGAUCUGUUACAUUUAUUUAGGUUUUUCACAACUAUAGCUUAUAAGUUAUUUAAGAAUCAGAACAAUUGUUGUGGAUGAUAGGUGUUUACAAUAUGUGACAACUGGUUGUCACAUACAGGUUGGAGAAGCUUCAGAAAACUACCCUACCUUCAGUGCAAGUGAAACAUUCCACUGAAUAUCAGUAUGUAAAUAGAGCAUUUUAAAUCUUGAAACACUUCCAAGUGUCGAGGAAUGUUGCAUUUUAUAUAUAUAUAAACAUUUAGUGAAAAGUAAAAUCUGCAAUACCAAGUUUGAUUUUAAAUAUGUCUUGCUCUUUUAUGUUGAGCAGACUAGUUGAAGGACUUAAUGAGAAAAAAUAGUGCGAUGUAUACUUCUUUUUUAUCAAGCUCGUUACACAUUUUAGGCACUCAUGCUUUUAAUAUAUAGUAUUGCUAUCAACCAGACAAAAAGCAUUUAUAGCCAUUCUUUCACGAACAGUGACAAUAUAUUCGGUUUAUAUUAAAUUCUAAAGUUCAGUUGCUGAGGGUUGCUGCUACUGGAGUCGUUUGGCUGUCCAUCAAGAGGAAAAUUUUGGUUGUUCAUUUUUGAUUACUGCUUUGAUAUUGAUGUUUAAUACUUUUUUCCUUGGUUAAUAUUAUAUGACAUCAUACUGACAUGUUUUGUGGCUGAUGUAGUUUGUUUAAAUGUUAAUAUGUCUUAGUCUGUCCCCUUUGUGUUUGAGUGGCCUGAUCAGCCACUAUAUAUGUUUCCCCUGUGUCUAAUUUCGGAAGGUCAGUUUGCGCUGUUAACUUGUCUUUAGUUGGUGCCUGAGUUUAGUUUUGGUUUUGGUGUGUGGUUGACCUUUUAUGGGCCCAAAUUUGUUGUGAAGUUUUUUUGUUCAUUGCAUUAAAACAUUUUUUUAACUA